UUCCUCCAUUGUGACAUAGUCCCCUUCACCUGCUGCCUGUCUUUCUUCUUCCGCCCUCUUCUCCUCAUUCCACUCCGUCACAAUGGCCGGCGCUAUUGCUUCCGCUCUCUACCAGGGCCUGUUCCGCCGGAACGCUGUUUACCUCUCGGCCAUCUUCGCCAGUGCCUUCGCUUUCGAGAUUGCCUUUGACUCCGGUUCCAACCGUAUCUGGGAUACCAUGAACAGCGGCCGCCAAUGGAAGGACAUCAAGCACAAGUUCCUCGUCAAGGAAGAGGAUGAUGAGUAAAGCAGUCGCAGUAAUUGAUGGAGCAAUCCUGGGGAAGCAUGUCGGUCCCAUGUUAUAUUAGAGCCGAGCACUGGAGAGACAUUGGUAUAUGCUGCGUGUGUCUUGUAUGAAAUAGAAUCUUUUAACUCUGUAUUCACCUCUGAAUUGAUUUCCUGCAACCUUAAGCAAUAACCGUGUCUUGUCUCUAUAUACUCCUUUCGUUGUCUAGUUAUACUCUCGGUGGUGGGGAGAAUAUGGCCUGCCAAUGGGUGGCAGUGGCGCCAAGAGAGCGGUCAUUCGAUGCCAGUAAGUAGAAAGGAUAAUCCCCAAACACCACAACAUCUGC